AUGGCGCCGUCGGCGCUGCCCAAGGCGGUCCUCGCGGUCCUCGCGACGGUCGGCGCCCUGCUCGUGGGCGCGCGCCUCGCGCACCCGGCGGCCACGCUGCCCGACGCGCUGCUCGCCGCCGUCCAGCGGCUCAACGACCACGACAUGUCGCCGUCGAGCGUCGACGCCGAGGCCGGCGGCAACGGCACGGUGACCUACGACGACUUCCUCGCCAUCGAGGACGUGCGCGCCUUCCUGAAGAUGAAGGGCCUGUCGACGAAGGACUACGGCGACCACCCGACGCUCUUCAAGUACGUCCCGCGGGAGGUGACCAUGUCCAAGACGGAGAAGCUGAUGCGCGGCGAGCUCGGCGAGGCGGCGAGCGCCGGCUACGUCGCCUACGCCGUGGCCUACUACGACGGCUCCGAGAACACGGCCUCCUACCUCAUCGUCCAGGACAUGGAGGGCAGCCUGCUCCAGGUCGCGCCCUUGUACGGCGAGGUGUUGAGGAACAAGGGCCUCUCCCACGCCAACGAGGGGGAGAUCUACAAGGGCAUCGGCCUGAAGAACUACAACUCGACGCAUCUGCUCGUGGCCUUCGGCAAGGAGAGCGCCCUCACGGGGCCGCGCGCGCUCUUCGACGUCGACAGCGGCGCCUGGAUCGAGCUCUGCGACGGCGAGUCCAACGACUCCCACGACAUCCAGAUGGCCUACAAGGGCGCGGCCCUCUGGCAGGCCGACGGCCGCACGGUCACGAAGAAAUUCUCCGCGGCCGACGGCUCCGAGCUCGCCGAGUUCCAGAUGACCGACAUCGCGGACCCGAACCACGUCCAGCUCGUCGAGGAGGACAAGUACGCCUUCGUCUCGUCGCGCCAGACCGACGGCAUCGUGCGCGUCCACGUCGCCACGGGCGACGUCGUCUACACCAUCGGCGGCGAGUACGGCGACUUCGAGAUCUUCGACGCCGCCGGCCGCAAGUGGAAGAAGGGCACGUCGCUCUGGGUCGGCCAGCACAACGCGGAGUACUUCGGCGACGACGAGUUCUGCCUCUUCGACAACCAGGAGGCGUCGGCGUCGUCGACGCUCAACGCGUUCGACGUCGCGAGCACGGACGCGUCGCGGUCCGCCAUGGCCGCGACGUCCCCGGCGCCGGCCUUGUCCGGCGGGAAGGCCGCGAAGACGUCGUCGAGGUCUCGCGCCUGCUUGAGGCCCGACUCGUUGAGCGGGCUGUCGUAG